AUGCUUCGUGCACUACUGCUCUGUUCAAUUGCAGUCCAAGGAGCGAUAGCAGCCACAUGCAAACUUCCCGCUGCACUAAUUGAAGCAGCUACGACGGCUCAUAAUGACCUCCGAGCAAAAGUCGCUACACGUGCCUUGGAUAAGGAGGUUUACGGAGACCUGCCAGGAACAAAGAGCCUUUUCAAACUGGAGUAUGAUUGUACUAAUGAAGGAUUUGCACAGUCAAUCAUUGGAAAAGAUUGCAAACACUCAUCGAUCUAUAUGAGCGUGAUAGGAAGAGGAGAAAACUUUAUAACAUACAGAGCAGAAAGUAAGCCUGGUAACAAAAAGGUUGCUGAGAUGCUUAAGUGGGCCGUCGAAGAUUGGAGUGACACUGUCGAAAGUCCUUUAAGCUCGGACGUCAUGUACACAGAUACGUCUAUAGAACCUUUUGCUAAUAUGAUCUACAACAAGACGAUGAAGUUCGGGUGCUCCUACCAAUUCUGUGAGACCAACGGCAAAGUUGCUAUCGCUUGUGUAUACGAGAACAAACCGCAGCUGAAUGAGCCACUGUAUUCGGCAGACUCGACGGGCAAGAAAGGAUGUACUAAGAAUAAAAGAACCUUCCACCACAACAGCCGCUCCAACAACAGCAACGGAACAAUCAAUUAUCAUCUGGACUUGGAUACCAUACUACUGAGGUCCCUUCAUGAAGCAGCAAUAAGUCAUCAAAGAAAAUCCAACUAAUUAGUCGUUCCGAUCCGCAUCAUAUCUAAUUUGAAAUAUGAGUGCAUUCUCUAAUAAAAAUUUGCAGCAACU